AUGGCCCAAGUUUCAAGCAAACCCGUGUUCUUCUUCGACAUCGACAACUGUCUUUACUCCAAAAACACGCGCGUCGCCAACAUGAUGUCCGAUCUUAUCGACAAGUACUUCCAGGCGCAUUUGUCCCUCACUCAGGAAGAGGCCAACACCUUGCAUAUGAAGUACUACAAGGAUUACGGUCUUGCCAUCGAGGGUCUUGUCCGUCAUCACAAGGUCGACCCUCUCGAGUACAACAGCAAAGUCGACGACGCUCUGCCCCUUGAACAGGUCAUCAAGCCGAAUCCCCAGCUACGGAAAAUGCUGGAAGACAUCGAUCGGGAUAAGGUCCGGCUCUGGCUCUUCACUAACGCCUACGUCAACCACGGCAAGAGGGUUGUGAAGCUUCUUGGAAUCGACGACUUGUUCGAAGGAAUCACUUACUGCGACUACGGCGCAGAGAGGUUCUUGUGCAAGCCGCACACGGACAUGUUCCGGAAGGCCAUGGAAGAAGCAGGCGUCGAGAGGGCAGACGAUUGUUACUUCGUUGACGACUCCGCCUCCAACGUACACGCAGCUCAGGAGCUUGGCUGGACCGCCGUGCACUUCGUCGAAUCUACAGAAUCGGCACCAGCUCAGCAGGCAGCACAGUACCAGAUCCAUCAUCUCGAGGAGCUCCGCACCAUCUUUCCACAGUUCUUCACGACGCCUCCCAAUGACCCACCUCUCAAGUCGAUCCCGUAG